UUCCCAAAUUCUCACAUUUCAUUCAAACAGUCCCUCCCCUACACCCCCGGCGCAAUGGAGCUUCACCUUGUCGACCCAGCUAACCUGCGCCUCUUCUCCUCCAUUCAUCAUCCCAGAACCCCAAAAUUCUCCACCAUUAAAUCAUCGAAGAAAGACUCAAUAACCACCUCAAAGGGCCUUCAGAAGAGUUCCCAGAAGGAACUCUCAAGAAUUCUCAGGAGUGAGGCGGCUACAAAAAACAUAGUGAAGAAAGCAAAUUCUAAUAAAUAUAAUAAUCUCAAUCCAAAAGCUGUUUUGGAUGCCUUGGAUGAUGCCAUUAAAGGGAAUGAUUGGGAAUCUGCUCUUAAGAUUUUCAGCCUACUACGUAAGCAACGCUGGUACAUACCAAAAGGCCAGACAUAUACAAAAUUAUUGGUAAUGCUUGGCAAGUGUAAGCAGCCAAAUCAUGCUGGCUUGCUUUUUGAGAUAAUGGAGUCCGAUGGGCUUCAACCGACAAUUGAUGUUUACACUGCACUUGUGGGUGUCUACGGCUUUAGUGGCCUCCUUGACAAGGCGUUUCAUACUGUUGAUGAAAUGAAGUCGGUUUCUGAUUGCAAGCCUGAUGUGUAUACUUACUCAAUCCUUAUCAAAUGUUGUGCUAAACUUCGUCGAUUUGAUAUGAUUGGGAUAAUUUUAGCUGAGAUGUCAUAUUUAGGAAUUGAAUGUAACGCUACAAUAUACAAUACUGUAAUAGAUGGGUAUGGUAAGGCUGGGCUUUUUGAACAGAUGGAACACGCAUUGUCAGACAUGAUUGAAAGUGGCACAUGCCUUCCGGACAUAUAUACUUUCAACUCAGUUAUUGGGGCUUUUGGCAACUUUGGACAGAUUGAUAAAGUAGAGAGUUGGUUUGAUCAAUUUCAGCUAAUGGGAAUAAAGCCAGAUAUUAUGACGUUUAAUAUACUUGUCAGAUCAUAUGGUAAAGCAAGCAUGUAUGAGAAAAUGGGUUCUGUUCUGGACUUUAUGAAGAAAAGGUUUUAUUCUCCUACAAUUGUUACUUUUAACAUUGUCAUUGAGACAUAUGGAAAGGCUGGAAAUGUUGAGAAAAUGGAAGAAUAUUUCCUGAAAAUGAAGCAUCAAGGAAUGAAACCUAAUUCAAUAACUUACUGCUCCCUGGUUAGCGCUUACAGUAAAUCUGGGCUUUUGGACAAAGUUGAUUCAAUUAUCAGGCAAGCAGACAAUACUGAUGUGAUAUUAGACACCCCAUUUUUCAACUGUGUCAUCAGUGCCUAUGGCCGGGCUGGGAAUAUAGAGAAAAUGGUUGAACUGUUUUCAGCAAUGGAGGACCAACAAUGCAAACCAGACAGCAUAACCUUUGCUUCUAUGAUCCAAGCUUAUCAAGAACAAGGAAUGAUUGAGGCUGCUCAAGAAUUGGAGCAUAAGAUGUUAAUGUGCAGUGGUAGUUCAGAAGUAAAGCUGAUUGGAAGCUGGCGUCACUAAGUGGUUCAAGAGUUGAUAUUGAUAUAAAGUAUUCUGUCUGAGCUAGGAAAGGAAGAAUUUGGUGGCAGUCUCUCAUUUUAUUGAUUUGGGACUCAAUCCCCUGGUAGAAGCAAUGCCCUAAACAUAUCAGAUUGGCUGAUUAGUUGGUUGAAGACCACUAAGUGGUGUGCAAUGAAGAUCUUGGCUGAAUUGGUGACUGACUUAUUAAGAUUCCAGUCCAACUUACGGAAGUGGGAGAAUGUCAUGAUUCUGUGGCCUGCAUUUGCUGCCAUUAUGAAAGCAUACUUCUGGUGAAGGAUGCCAAGCUGCUCUGCAUUCAGAGGGUAAGAUGGUGUACAACAUGGCUGCUUAAGGAUAAAAUCACAAAUAACAAUGGAAAAGCCAAAACCAGGUUAAGACUCCAGUGUACACAAAUUAAACCAGAUAUAUUCCAUUCUACACACACAGGGUUUGGAUGAAUUGGGUCUCGUGAACAAGCAGUAUGAAGCAGCUUCAACAGAAUUCAAAAAUCAAUUAGCUUCUUGUGGGGUUGAAGUCCUGAACAGAAAUAACAGCUUGCUUCUGUAAAGGACCACUUGCAGUGUGAAAUUCGGCUGUGCCAUUUUGUCAGCUGUUUGGUUAAGCCUCCAGUAUACACAAAUUAAACUAGACAUACUCCAUUCUAACACGGGAUUUGGAGAAUUGGAUCUCAUGAACAAGAAGUAUGAUGCAGCUUCGACAGAAUUCAAAAAUCAGUUAUCUUCUUACGGGGUUGAAGUCCCGAACAGAAAAAACUGAUUUCUGUAAAGGACCAGUUGCAGUGCGAAACCGGCUGUGCCAUUUUGUCAGAUGUUCUACACUGGUGAUGAGUACUAAAUUGCAGAGUAUUAUUUACUCAGUGUGUGAGUUCUCAUUCUCUCUUUCCUUUGUUUUAUCUGUGAAUAACUGUUCACGUUCACUUGGUGUUAUGGUGAACCUAACCACGAGUUCAUUUCUCUGCGACACACUCGGAGUUAGUUUUGGAGAACUGAGUAGAAUAAAACAAGUUUUAGUUAAGUUCGGAUAGUGUCUUACUUGCAACACGUUGAUAAGAUAUUUUACUUUUCUUUCCUUUGAGCAUAAAGAAUGGUUGAGAAAUGGUUUAUUAUA